UUACUGUUGAGUAACUGCAUGCUGGUCUGCCUGCGUUAGAGUGGGUGAGAGCGGGACCUAAAGGAAUAAAGUGUUUCUCUUGGAUUUUAUUAGAACUCACUCCUCUCUUUCGCCUUCCCCUCUCAUUUUUGUAUACAUCUUGCUUGCUGCUUGUGACCAUUUAAGUUGGGGAGGCCCUGGAGAGGACACACAAUGGAACGAAGAGCCUCUGGCAACUGGGCUGUUGUACUGUUGAGAGGGGGAUGGGGUAGAGAGAGGACCGGUUCACACAGCUAACACAGCCCUGCCGGCUGUAGGUUUCCAACAGCCUGUCCUCCCGCCUGGACCUACUGUUUCCAGGCUGGGGACUUUUUUUUCCUGGAACAGCCACCCUCAAACUCCACUUGGACUACACUACGGAUUACUCACUGUGUUCUGUGGGAUUUUAGGAUACAUACUCGAGCCUGAAGAAUAAAUCUUACUUGUUUUUUUGGAUGGAACAAAAGGAAAAACGAACUUCUCUGUAAUUCUUCUGGGCCCUAUUUUGGUUUUUGCUUUCUCUUUCUGUUUAGUGAAGUUCAUAAAUGGAUUACAAGAUGCAUGCCAAGUCAAACGAUUUACUGGAUUUCCAAAUACUGGAUACCCUCCUGGAAAAAAUUGCGCAUUCAGUCUCUGUUAAAAGAGAGUCCAGUGAGGAGUGCAAUGGGAUUAGCGGUGCUCUGUCAGUGGAGUCUGUGCCGGGGCCAAGAUUAAACUGGUGUCCUGCCAACACCACUACCCCUGCCCCUGCUCCAGCUCCGGGGCCCGAGCCCACGCCCUGCCUUAUCAGAAUGGGGGACGGCCUGGACACAGCGCAGAUGUCGGGCGGCAGCAGCAGCCAGGGGCAGGUCCAUCAACUGUCCAACCCCACAGCCCCAGAAUUCAUCAAUCCCAACAGGCCAAAGCGCCAGACCAAUCAGCUGCAGUACCUGCUGAAAGUGGUGGUGAAAACCCUGUGGAAGCACCAGUUUGCCUGGCCUUUUCAUGCACCAGUGGAUGCAGUCAAACUCAACCUGCCUGACUACUACACAAUAAUCAAAAAUCCUAUGGACAUGGGAACAAUCAAGAAAAGGCUUGAGAAUAGUUACUACUGGAAUGCCCAAGAAUGUAUCCAAGACUUCAACACAAUGUUUACCAAUUGCUACAUAUAUAACAAGCCUGGAGAUGAUAUAGUGUUAAUGGCUGAGGCUCUUGAGAAGGUUUUCCUACAGAAAGUUUCAGAAAUGCCACAGGAAGAAACUGAGAUUGUUGUCAUGACAGGAAAGGGACGGGGCCGGGGCCGGAGAGAAGGAGGUCUGAACUUGAAACCCGGGGCCAUCAUUGAUCCUUUGUCUGCAACUCCUCAAACACGUGGUCUGUCAACCCUUCCAAUAGGACCCCAAACUCGUGGACCAGUGCAGGGCCCACCUUCACUACCUCCCCAGCCUUUGAUGCAGGCCCUGCCAGGUCAUGUGCCCCCAACGUUACCCAGCCAUGCCCCACAGCUUGGAGCUCCCUACUCCCUGGGCCAGCAAGAAUGCCCACCUCAAGUUCCUGUAAUGACUUCUGUGCCUACCCCUGCUCAGACCUCUCUUCCCCCAGCAUCCAUCCAGAGCACUGCCCCCAUGCUGCAGAUCUCCAUGACCAAACAAAGAAAAAGCCAAAAAAGGAAAGCAGACACUACAACGCCUACUGCAAACGACCAGCUGAGUGAGUCAUCACCAGCAGAAUCCAAGUCUGGGAAGACACUACCCAGGCGAGAGAGUACUCGGCCUACGAAACUGAUGAAAAAGGAGGCUCCAGACUCUCAGCAUCACAUAGGCUUGGGGAUGGGACUGAGCGGACCAAGUGGAGGUCAUAGCCCCAAACCACAGGAUCAGCUGGGGUAUUGUGCCAGUCUGGUUAGAGAGAUGCUGUCCAAGAAACAUGCUGCUUAUGCCUGGCCAUUUUACAAACCAGUUGAUGUGGAUGCACUGGGACUACACGAUUACCAUGAUAUCAUCAAACAUCCAAUGGACCUCAGCAGCAUUAAGGCCAAGCUGGAGAACAGGCAAUACCGGGAUCCCCAGGAAUUUGCUGCUGAUGUGCGAUUAAUGUUUUCCAACUGUUACAAAUAUAAUCCACCAGACCAUGAGGUGGUAGCCAUGGCUCGCAAACUACAGGAUGUCUUUGAAAUGCGCUUUGCCAAGAUGCCAGAUGAACCAGAAAGCAAGCCUUUGGUUUCUGCCCCUGCUCCUGCACUUCAUCACCCUGCCCCUGUUAAGCCUCAGCCUCCUCUGGCCCACGUCGCCUCAUCUUCAGACAGCUCCAGUGACUCCUCCUCUGAGUCUGAGUCUUCCACUGAUGAUUCUGAAGAGGAAAGAGCCCAGAGGUUGGCAGAGCUGCAGGAACAGUUGAAGGCUGUCCACGAGCAGUUGGCUGCCCUCUCCCAACCACAAGCAAGCAAACCAAAGAGAAAAGAAAAGGAAAAGAAAGAGAAGAAAAAAGAUAAGCAUAAAAAGAAAGGAAGCGUGCCUGUCGAUGAGAUCCAGGAUGCUACACCUCUUUCACAGCUGUCCAAGAAAAAUAAGACCAGUAACAAUAGCAACAAAGAGAUUGUUCCCAAGAAGAAACCCGGCAAAAAGGAGACCAUGAAACCUGCCAACUUACAGCCUGUUCCUAGUGUGGAGGAUGACCUAGGAGCCACUGGGUCAUCAGUAACAGGGGAAAAGUGCAAACCUAUGACAUACGAGGAGAAGAGGCAGCUAAGUUUGGACAUCAACAAGCUUCCUGGUGAUAAGCUUGGCCGCGUAGUGCAUAUUAUCCAGUCCAGAGAGCCCUCACUCAAAAAUUCAAACCCUGAUGAGAUUGAGAUUGACUUUGAGACGCUAAAGCCUUCCACUUUGCGUGAGCUGGAGAGAUAUGUGUCUUCCUGCCUCCGCAAGAAGAAAAGGGUUUCAGUCGAGAAGACUGUGGAGUCCGUAGCUACCUCUAAAAAGACUGGAUCUUCUUCAGAGAGCAGUGGCUCCAGCUCAGACAGUGAAAUUGAGGGGCCAGGAAUGAUAAAACAGCAGAAAAAGAAGAACCAGUCUGCAAAGGAGGGGAAGAAGACACAUUCUCAUGUUCAGACUGGCCCUGCUCAGGCUACACAUCAGUCUCAAGUAGGCCUUCAGUCCAGCAGUCAGAUGAAGCAGCAGCAGCACCACCACCACCAGCCAUCUCCUGCAGGCUUCAUGGCACCCCCUGUUGCUGCUCUGGAGUCUUCUCAGUUACUGGAGACUAGCUUCGACUCCCUGCCACCUUUCGGCCAGCCCAUCAUGCACAUGUCCCACCACGCAGGCAACUCCUCCUCCUCACCUGUACCUCCUCAUCUCAACACUCAUUCUGCUGGGCCAGUGUCCCCUGAGACACAUCCUUUCCUCAACCAGCAUUCCGUCCUCCCAUCUCCAGCCUUACACAGUUCCAUGCCUCAGCAGCCUUCUCGGCCCAGUCACAAGGCAGCCCCACUUCAUCCUAAGCCCCCUCAGCAACCAGCGCCACCUCAGCAGCAGCAACAGCAGCAGCCAGCUCUGCAGCAACAGCAGGUCCAGCUCCAGCCCCAGCCCCAGCCCCAGUCAACAGCACCACCACCACCACCGCCACCACAACACCAGCUCCCCCCUCAGAUCCUUCACUCUACUCAACCCCUGCACCAACGGCCCAUGUCCCCCCCAACACUCACACCCCAAGGCUUGUUGUCUUCUCAGCCUCCCCAGAUGCUGCUGGAGGAUGAUGAAGAGCCAGGAUCUACAACGCCAAUAAACCAAGUACAAUUAUACCUACAGCAGUUUCAGCAAACACGUCAGACCCAGCAGUCCAUGCAAUCGCUCCAGGCACAGGCCCGUCAGCAACAGCAACAGCAACAGCCAGGACAGCCUUCCCUCCUACAGUCUGUUCAGACACAAUCUCAGCUGUCCUCUCAGACUGCCUUGCCUCCUACCCAGCACCCUGUUCAGUCCCAGGCUCAGUCAGCCCCAUCACAUCAGACCAUUCCCCAACAGAUUCCCCUACACCAUGCCCGCCAUAUGCAACACACUCAGCAACAACAACAGCAACCACAGCAGCAGCAAGUGAACUACCAACAGGGUCCUGGACUCGCUGCUCAGUCCCAGGGAUCACAACACAAAGUGUCUAUGCCCACCAAUAAAACACAGCAGAUCAUCCAGCAACAGCAGCAGCAGCAGCAAGAGCAGCCUUCCCCCCGCCCAGCCAAGGCUGACCCUUACAACACGGGUCAUAUGAGGGACAACCCAUCCCCUCUCUUGAUGAAUUCUCCGCAACUUCACCAGUAUCCUCCUGUGUCUCACCAGUCUCCACCUCACAACAUGCAGCCCAAAAAGCAAAGGGCCCCUGGGAGCCAAGGUGGGUUAAAGGAAGAGAAACCUCCUCCAUCACCAGUGAUGAGAGGGGAGCCAUUUAAUCCUGCAAUGAGACCAGAUCAUCAUAAACAUCCGGAUAGCAAGCCCUGUCAACCAAGCCACAGCCAACAGAAUGUGAAGUCCAUGGACAGCUCGCGACCUGUCAUCCGCUCCUCUGAGCCCAGCGGGCCACCCACCUCUUUGCAAGACAAGGAUAAGUUCAAGCAGGAGUCCAAGGCCCCUACUGCCCCCAAAAAGGUACAGGAGGUGAAACUGAAGAAUAUGGGCUCAUGGGCCAGUCUGGCACAAAAAUCCACGUCUACGCCAUUAUCAGCAGUGAAAUCUUCGAGCGACAGUUUUGAACAGUUCCGUCGUGCUGCUCGGGAGAAAGAAGAGAGGGAGAAGGCCCUGAAGGCCCAAGCUGAGCAGGCAGAAAAAGACAGGCUACGCAGAGAGCAGGACAAACUACGAGGUCGGGAUGAAGAGGAGGUCAUGGAGACAAGCAGAAGGGUGCAUGAGGAGCCUCGCAGACGUCUUGAGCAGCAGCAGCAGCAGCAGCACAUUCAGGCUCCUUCACAACAACAGCAACAGCAAUCAGUGCAGCAGGAGUCUCAGCCGGCCGCCAUUCAGCAGCCUCCUCAGCCUCCCACACCGCCUCAGCCCACCACACAGAACCAGUUAGACCAACAGAGGGAGCUAGCCCGCCGCCGAGAGCAGGAGAGGAGGAGACGAGAAGCGAUGGCAGCAACUAUUGACAUGAACUUCCAAAGUGACUUAAUGGCUAUCUUUGAGGAGAACCUGUUUUGAGAAGAAGAGCAACUGAAACGAAACUG